UUUUCCAUAUUAACUUAGGGCAUUCUUUUUGUUUCCUGAGCUAGGCUUGCUGCUAAACGCCGCCGCUCUCAUCCAUCCCUCUUGCCGCGUUUUCCUGAAUCUUGCGGAGCGUGGUCACGUCGACGGUGAAAGAAAAUGGCAUCUUCUAGACCGGAGCUGCAAGCGCCGCCGGAGAUAUUCUACAACGACGAGGAAGCUCGCAAGUACACUUCUUCUUCGCGUAUCGUCGAAAUUCAGGCGAAACUUUCUGAGAGAGCAUUGGAGCUUCUUGCUCUGCCGGACGAUGGAGUCCCCAGACUGCUUCUCGAUAUAGGCUGUGGGUCAGGUCUAAGUGGGGAGACUAUAACUGAGGCUGGACACCAGUGGAUUGGUUGGGAUAUAUCUGAAUCAAUGCUUGAUAUUGCAGUGGAGCGUGAAGUCGAGGGUGAUUUAAUACUUGGUGACAUGGGUCAGGGUUUAGGACUUCGACCUGGAGUUGUUGAUGGGGCAAUUGGCAUUUCAUCUAUACAGUGGUUGUGCAACGCUGACAAAUCAUCUCAUGAACCCCGGAUAAGAUUGAAGGCUUUCUUUGGGACAUUGUAUAGAAGUUUGGCGAGGGGAGCAAGAGCAGUAUUUCAAGUGUAUCCUGAAAAUCUUGCUCAACGAGAGUUGAUUCUGGGUUUUGCUAUGCGAGCUGGAUUUGCAGGCGGUAUAGUUAUCGACUUCCCACACAGUACGAAAAAGAGGAAAGAGUACUUGGUGCUCACUUGUGGUCCACCGUCUCUCAGCAGUGCCACUCCCAAAGGAAAGGGCGAGGACGGGGAGUGUUAUUCUAGUGAUGAUGAUAGUAGCGAAGAUGAAGAAAACCAAACUGUUUGUGUAUCAGACCGGCAUAGACCGAGGAAAAAGCAGAAGGUAAACAAGAAAGGCAAAGGAAGAGCGUGGGUUAUGAAGAAGAAAGACCAGAUGAGGAAGAAAGGGAAAGAAGUUCCCAACGACACCAAGUACACAGCACGAAAACGAAAGGAUCGGUUUUGACCCCCUUUCCAAAGCUCAAGGAGAGUACGCUUUUUUCAUUCUUGUGCUAUAUCUAUGCCUUUUAUGCCAAGUUUGCUGUGUGGCUAAGCUAUACAUGAAUUUGUCGCGAGUAGGUUACAAUUUUGAGUUAUAGGAUGAAAUUUUGUGACAGUCAGUUGAUCAUCAUCUUUAUUUCAAGUACCUAGCAUUCUUGAUUCAA